ACCGGCGAUUUUCCUCUUCCGACCGAUUCUCUAGAUAUCGUUAGGUUUUGCAGAGUUUGUAUUCAACACAAAUUCGACUGUAUAUUAUAAGUAUCUGGUUUUGUUGAUUCCAUGGAAAAAUCAAUCACAGUGGUGCAGAAAACCGUCGUGCUCGAGCCGUUUAUCAAGCUGGUGAAGCUUUUAGUAAGGAUUUUCUAUGACAAUUAUACUCCGGAAAGCGAUAAUCAGCAGAAAACUGCAAAAAAUGUCAGAGGGACUGCUGUUAUCGUGCUGGAUGCGCUUGCGAGGCGGCAAUGGGUUAGAGAAGAAGACUUGGCAAAAGAGUUGAAGCGAAAUGCCAAGGAACUUCGAAAAUUAAUAAGACAUUUUGAAGAACAAAAAUUUGUCAUGCGUUACCACCGGAAAGAGACUGCAAAGCGUGCGAAGAUGUAUAGUUAUGCAGUGGGUGGUCCAAUUGAUGGCCGAGCAGAGGACAAUGUUAAGUUCCACACGCACUCGUAUUGCUGUCUUGAUUAUGCACAAAUAUAUGAUAUUGUUCGUUAUAAACUGCACCGGCUCAAAAAAAAAUUCAAAGAUGAACUAGAAGAUAGAAAUACUGUUCAGGAGUAUGGCUGUCCUAACUGCAAAAGAAAAUAUAAUGCACUGGAUGCCCUGAGAUUAAUUUCUAUGGAAGACGAUUCUUUUCAUUGUGAAAAUUGCAAUGGUGAACUUGUUAUGGAAUGUAACAAGCUAACUUCCGAAGAAGUAGUAGAUGGAGGUGACAAUGCAAGGAGACGGCAGCGGGAAAAAGUAAAAGUUUGGCUUCAGGAUUUGGAGGUUGAACUGAAACCUCUGACAGAACUAAUAAAUAGAGUAAAAGACCUGCCAUUCCCUGCCUUCGAACCUUUUCCAGCAUGGGAAGUUCGUGCAGCUAAGGCUGCUCGUGAAAAUGGUGAUCUUAACCCUAAUGAUCCUUCAAGGUCAUUGGGCGGGUAUGGUUCAACACCAAUGCCAUUUCUGGGAGAGACAAAGGUUGAGGUUAACCUUGGUGAAGGAAAAGAAGAUGUCAAAUCUAAAGGUGGAGAUUCUAGUCUGAAAGUGUUGCCUCCAUGGAUGAUCAAGCAAGGCAUGAAUCUGACCGAGGAACAAAGAGGAGAGAUGAGACAGGAAGCAAAUGUUGAUGGACUUUCAGAUGACAAGAAAUCAGUCAUGGAAAGUGGCGAUGAUAAUAAGGAUUUGAAGGAUGAGUAUCUCAAAGCUUACUACGCCGCUAUACUGGAGCAGCAAAAGCUUGCUGCAAAACUGAAUCAGCAAGAAUCCGCAGGCGAAUCAACAACCACUGACAUUGAAUUGGCUGCUACAUCCUCAGAUCGUCAGGUUGGUAUGAAGUCCAAACGCGAAGAGGAAGAAGAAGAAGAUGUUGAAUGGGAAGAACAAGCUUCUGUGACAGCAAAUGGAAACUACAAGGUGGAUUUGAAUGUGGAAGCAGAAGAGGCAGAAGAAAAAGAAGAAGAAGAUGACGACGACAUCGAUUGGGAAGAAGGCUGAUUGUCAUGUGCACUAAUAGUCACUUAGGAACUUAUUGAGAAUCUCAUUAUCUAGACCAAUUUAUCAAAAUGAUACAUUUCAAUUUUUACUUGUCGAAGCUGACAAAAGAUUGAAACAAAAGUGGUUCCAUUUC